AUGCCUUGCGAACGCCGCCAGCUGGAACUGUCAGAGAAGUACUUCUUCGCCUGCGCCUACUCGCCCUGCGGUCGCACGGCCAGCCACGGACCGGUUCCUCCGUGCCUGGUGGGGGGUCGGAAUACCAUCGCGCGGAGCGGUACUUUGCAAUAAAUGUUGCACGAGCAUUCCUGGUGACCGCAGAUGUAGAUGUGCUCGAGCAGACAGCUUGGUCCAUACCCGACUCAGAUAAGAGUAAAGCAAUGAUCUCCAGCUUGAGGCACCCGCACAAGUGGCCUAUUUGGCCGUUACCCCGGCAGCCCUUGGCCGCUCUACGCCUAGCGCUUGUGCAGAGCGAAUACAUCCCGCCCAGAAAUUUGGAACGGGCUCUACUACGCCACUUACUGGUCCACUGACGCCUAGACCCAGUAUCCUACCAGCAGAGGUUCUACCCUAUACGAGUCGUGGACGGGUUCAAGCUUGCAAACUUGCUCUCGCAGAUUCUGGGAGUAGAUUACAGGAAGGUUGAUUGGAGGCUUCUUAGGGAGUGUGCUGCGCAGGUGGGGUGGAGUCAUGGUGGCGGUGUUGUGUUUGCUGGCGUGGUUUCUAGGAGGAGGGAGAAGGUGAGAAGGGAUUUGGAGAAGGAGCAUUAGAGGGGAUUGAUAGGGGUGAGGUUGGAGGAUAUUGUCCUUGAGGCGGAAGUGGAGAAGAUUGUUAGUAUGGUGGAGGAUUUGACUAAGGAGCUUCAGAGGUAG